AUGUCUAAAAGGCUUUUUUCAUCUCAAGAGGAGAGGAUGUUGCAAUCCCUGUACGAUGAUGAUCACGAGCAAUUUGCCUAUGCAACAACCAUCAACUUUUUUGACAUUAUUUCAUUAGUGGCCUUGAUUUACAUCACUUUCCGAGUACUACGAUGGAUCAUUCACUCUACAGUUUCAUCUCCUCUCCAUAAAAAGUAUCGUCAUGAUAACGCGAUUGAAAAACGAAUGAUGAAAGAACAUGCCAAAGGAGUAAUCCCUAUUUUACCUCGUUUUGAAUUUAUUAAAACCAAAGAAAGAAAUAGUGUUAGAGACGGAAAAGAUAAUUUAAAGAAAAUAUUUAUUAAAAACAAUAUCGGCCAACAAGAGGAAUGGCUGGAAGGAAUUGAAGUUGAAUAUAUUUGCAAACUCGCUGGAAAACAUAAUGGAGAGACAAUUACUUUGGAAAAUAAUCUUCAUUCCUAUGAACCCAAUUCUCCUUUAUUUUCUGAUGAGCAACACCAGCAUGGCACUUCCACUGACCUAUUGGAAGCAAUACAUGACAUUUACUAUGUGAUUCCUGGAAAUCCUGGAAAUUGUUUAAUAUAUCACAACUUUAUGGAAGAAAUUUGUAAGAAAUUAGAAAGUAGAAACUCUAACACUCUUCACUUGGUUGUUGCAGUGAGUUUAAGAGGUCAUUCCUAUUACUAUCCAAGUAGAUGGUGGAAAAACGAAACCCUCAAAAUUGGUAAUACACAUUUCACUACAUCAAGAUCACUCUAUGAUCAACUGGAAGUUUACAACCUGGAGGAUCAAAUUGAGUAUCAUUUGACUGUCAUUCAACAAUUGCAUAAACAAAUGAUGAAGAAAAAGAACCAUUCACAACUUAAAAUACAUCUGUUAGGUCAUAGCGUUGGAUGCUACAUAAUUUCUCGAGUUUUGGAACGAAUGCACCUUUUGAAUUUAUCUGAAUUUUGCUCAAAGCAUAUUGGAAACAUUUUCUUUUAUUAUCCAACUUUACAAAACAUGCACAAGGAAACUCCAAAUGGUCAAUCCAUGUUGCAAUAUCUCAUUAGACCUCAGAUUAGAAAACAUCUAUGCAAUUUAUUACACAAUGUUGCAUCACCACUUAUUCCAAGUUUUUUCAUACGACUUUUGAGAAGAUCGGAACCCAUUCUUGUACCUUUCGCUCCUUAUUAUUUUGAUAGCAUGAGAAUCAUUAAGAAUGUCACAACAUUGGCAUCUCAUGAAUUUAAUGAAAUAUUACAUUCAUUUGGAACACCAUCCAUGGAAAAGGAUCAAGAAAUUAACACAUUUAAAAGAGUUCUUCGAGACAAGAAGCAUACUAUUUAUUCAAUCUUCAGCUCAUCGGAUCUUUGGGUUCCAAGAAAACACUUUCUUUCUUUUCUCGAACAUGUAUUUGAAAUUUGUUUGGAUGAAUCAACCAAGCAUGACAUGAUCAACCCUUCAAAAACGAGCGACAUUGAAUUUUGUAAUCAUGUGAAUGAACUCAUCAAUCAAUCCAGCUUGGUUCAACCAGGCCAACUCAAUAUCAAUACCACCACAAAACAUGCCUAUGUGAUUCAUAACGAAGAUUUACAUGAGGCCUCAGAGCUCAUUUUGAAAGCAUUGUUGUCACAAUAA